AUGGGUUCUAUACCGCAAGAUGGCACAGCCGCCCCUUCAGCUGAAGCACCGACCUUUGGUCAAGGCACCCGCGUGGCUGUCAUUGGCUCCGGGGUAAGCGGUAUCUGCGCCGGUGCUCACCUGCUCAGGCAAGGGGCCAACGUGGUGGUGUUUGAGCGAUCGGGAGUGUCAUCUGGUGUUUGGAACUUCAAUCCGAGGACUGACUCCAACAGUGUGGUAUACCCCAGCAAGCCAGCGUCGCUAGGGGAUUAUGCGACGUCGGUCCCUGGCCAGUUCCUCCCACAACAACAACAGAGCAAGCAGCACCAUCCACUGAACACCUCUGAUGGAGAUGCCCUCGAGGUUGCCUUUUCUCCUCCUGGUCCGGCAUACUCUGGGUUAAAGAACAAUGUCCCGACCAGCUUGCUGUACAGCAACCUGAAGCCCUGGCCAAAAGGGACUCCAGAAAACGUGAGCCACUGGGAGAUUGCAACAUAUCUCCAAAACCUCAGCACCGAAAAUGGCCUUGACGAAGUCACUCUCUAUAAUACCGGAGUCGAAAAUGCUGUCAAAUCAUCAGACGGAAAAACCUGGAUCGUUCGAACUCUCACUUUGCUGGCAAAGGACGGCACACCGCGGAUUGUUGAAAGAACAUGGGAGUUUGAUGCCAUCGUCGUCUGCUCUGGCCACUAUAACCUUCCUCGCGUCCCUGAUAUCCCAGGGCUGAGCCAGUGGAAAGAGCUCUUCAAGGACAGAAUCAGUCAUACGAAGGAGUACCGUAACCCCAACCGCUUUCGAGAUAAGAGUGUCUUGGUCAUCGGAGGUGGUACCUCGUCUCUCGAUGUUUGUCGAGAGUUGAGCGACGUGACUACAGGCGUCUAUCAAAGUACCCGAGGAGGCCAAUUUGAUCAUCCGACAGAGGUUCUGCCCCAGACCGUCAAGAGGGUCGGCGGUGUGACGGGAUUCACACUGGACUCUAACGCUAUUCCCAAAGGUGGUCUCGAGGAACAAUCACCUAUCCCAGGCCAGAUUGUCUUGAAGGAUGGGCAAACCCUCAGGGACAUUCACCACAUCAUUGUGGCUACGGGCUAUCUCACCUCGUUCCCGUUUCUACCCCAAUAUCACAAUGACAACCUGAACCCCGACGAUGCUACCCCAGAAGUUUUGGUUACCUCGGAAGCAAACAUGGUGCAUAACCUACACAGAGAUAUCUUCUAUAUCGAAGACCCGUCUCUAAGCUUUGUCGGAAUUCCGUACUAUGUUUCCACCUUCUCCGUGUUUGACUUUCAAGCACAAGCCAUCGCACGCGUUCUCACGGGGAAGACACGCCUACCCAGUAAGCAAGCUCUCCGAGACGCCUACAACAAGAGGAUCAGCCUGAGAGGAAGAGGGCGAAACUUCCAUAGUUUGGCAGAAGAGGGUGCUGAGCUUGCGUACAUCAAAGAUCUUGUGGACUCUGUGAAUGGGGCCGCGACGGGUCCAGGCGUUGAGCCGAUGCAGGGCCACACGGAGGAAUGGCUUGCAACUCAUAGAGCGUACAAGGAGAGAAGAAAUUUGUUCCGGCAAGGCAAGAUUAAGACGUUGAUACCUCUAGAUGAAUUCCUACGUCUGAAGUUCUAA